AUGGACGCCCACGCCGCCUUGUUUUCCACAUCUUUCUGGCCAUUCUCUUUAUUCCCCUCUCUUUGUUUCAUCACCCAUUCUCUCUUUCGUUGCAUCGUUUCUUUUCUCUUUUGUCCCCAACUAUACAUUAAAUUACGGCAGCUAACUACCCGCCUUUUGACGUCACGAGGCUUCCACUGUUGUGGUCCAUCCUCCUUCUUUGCGUUUGCGUUUGCGUUCUAUCAUCAACUUGUCAUUUUCUUUCUUUCUUUCUUUCUUUCUUUCUUUCUUUCUUUCUUUCUUUCUUUCUUUCUUUCUUUUUUAAAAUCUUUUCUUCCUUUUCCCAUCUUUCUAUCCAUAAUUAUCUAUCUAUCUAUCUAUCUAUCUAUAUUUGUAUUCAUCGGGGUGGAGAAAGUUCCUUCCUUCCUUCUGUCGUGCUAUUGCCGUGUCAUGUGGCCCGAUUUCGAGUUUCUUUCAGUCUUUCUUUUGUUGAUUGAUACGGCUACAACGCUUGUCCUAAUUUAUCUACAAGCAAUAAUAUCUAUCUAUCUAUCUAUCUAUCUAUCUAUCUAUCUAUCUAUCUAUCUCCUAACCUGCUCAUGUCUGAGACAGAGAGAUACUGCUUCUGCAUAUCUAUCUAUCUAUCUAAAUGUAAAAGAACGAAAAGAAUAA